AUGGCCUACAGUCAGAAAUUCAAUCCCGAUGCGCUACCAGCACAUAUAGAGCCUGAGAUGGCCGCUGAAUUACUAGCCAAUGCGCAACACCGACCUCACCCACAACAACAGCAACAACAUCAAAGACCUGUUCCUCCACCCAAACCAAAUACACCGUCUGGCAUACCACCGCGCAAAACACCCCCGACCGGAGCAUCACCUCAUCCCGCACCUCUCAAUUUCGUAAACCGACAACAUCACGCAGAUAGCGGUGCCGCGUCCCGACUCCAUUCACCCCCUCCCGCAAACUACGGUCACGGUCCUCGUCCCAAUCCGAACGGCAUGGGUCGUCCUACACAACAUCCUCAACCUUCACUAUCGCCCGGUCCUCCACCGCCGGGCCCCACGUCUGACGACCCUCAACAGUUGCGCCCCUUAUUCUACGCCGCAAAUAUAUCCCGGACAGGCGCAUUGACAGAAUCCGAGCUCGGAUCAGCAUUGGUCAAUGCCGAUUACACCCACUUUGACCCCAAUACCGUCAAGACCAUGGUACGAAUGUUCGACCGCAACGGCGACGGCGUAAUCCGUUUCGACGAAUUUGUAUCUCUGUGGCGAUUUCUUGCUGCAUGGAGAGAGCUCUUUGAUCGAUUCGACGAAGACCGCAGUGGGAAAAUCAGUUUGGAGGAAUUCGAGAAGGCGCUUGUCGCGUUUGGGUACAGGCUUAGUCGCACAUUCGUGCGGGUGCUGUUCACGACGUACGAGGCAAAAGGGAGACGGCGCACGGGAUCAACUGCAGGAGCACCGUACCCCGGUGGUGGAGGAGGACGGGGGAUGAGUUUUGAUCUGUUCGUGCAGGCAUGCAUCAGUCUGAAGAGGAUGACGGAUGUUUUCAAGAGGUAUGACGACGAUCGGGAUGGGUAUAUAACACUCAGUUUUGAAGAGUUUUUGACAGAGGUUUUGAGUUUACAGGAUUAG